UGAAUUCUAUAUGAAUGAAAACACAUUCAAAGAAAGACUAAAGUUAUUUUUCAUUAAAAACCAGAGAUCAAGUCUAAGAAUAAGGCUGUUCAAUUUUUCUCUCAAAUUAUUAAGCUGCUUAUUAUACAUAAUUCGAGUACUACUGGAAAACCCUUCACAAGGAAAUGAAUGGUCUCAUAUCUUCUGGGUGAACAGGAGUCUACCUUUAUGGGGCUUACAGGUUUCAGUGGCAUUGAUAAGUCUGUUUGAAACACUACUACUUGGUUAUCUCAGUUAUAAGGUAAGUUAUAUUAAUUAGCAGUUU